CAUUAUUAAUACAUGAGCCUCUCUAGCGCGGUGCAAUGGUGGGAAGAGUGGCAGCUGCGCGUCCUUGUCUUAGGCAGCCUCGCCAUCCAGUUGUACCUCGCAGUACUUGCCCCCGCUCGCAAGUGGCCAGACCUCCGUUCCUUGUUCAGAUUUCUUAUCUGGCUGGCGUAUCUUGGUGGCGAUGCUCUUGCGAUAUACGCCCUAGCCACACUCUUCAACCGUCAGAAAGAGCUACAAUGCUAUUCUUCUUCUGCGGACGCUGGUAGCCACGAUCUCGAGGUGUUAUGGGCCCCUAUAUUGCUGAUACAUUUGGGUGGACGGCUGUCCAUAUCGGCCUACAACAUUGAAGAUAAUGAGCUCUGGCUGCGGCACCUUGGGGUCGCAAUCUCUCAGGUCGCGGUAACUCUCUACGUGUUUAGCAAGUCGUGGUCGCCCGCAGCUGACAAGAGGUUAUUAGCUGCAGCAAUUCUGCUUUUCAUCCUUGGGGUUUUCAGAUGCUUUGAGAAGCCCUUUGCUCUUAGGAGGGCUAGCUUUAAUAGUUUAGUCACCUCUUUCCAUGCGGUCCCGAUGACUAAGAGUACCAAAAGAGAAGUUGUCCUUGAAAAGUACAUACAACAAGCAGCUGAUUUUGUCCAGCGCAACCAAGAUCCUCCAACAUUGGACAAGGCUAGAAAACAGAAACACUUGAACGGGAUCUCUAUGCCUGACAUGAUGUUUGUGGACUUUGCGAAUGCCUAUGAUUCCCGUCUUGAGAAGCUGGAAUUCUUGUGGUCGCUGGAUUUCGAAACAGCUUUUGACGCGCUACGCCUAGGGCUCUCCCGCACAUUCAAUCUUAUUUAUACAAAGCUUUGGCAAUUUCAUGAUGAAAACAGAGAAAUAGAUGAUUGGGCUAACUUCUUUUCGAUCCUUUUGUGGAUUAGUACCUUGAUAUUUCCAAUUGCGCCCAUAGUCCUCUUCCACAUCAGCCAUAAAGAAGGUUACAAGGGAAGCGACGUCAAGGUUACAUAUUUGUUGUUGUACAUCACAUACUUUUCAGAGAUUCUCUCCUCGCCUGGAAGAUUAUUUUAUCGUAGGUUGACAGGCGGUCUUUAUGCCUGGUUAUUUGGUUCCUCGGGAGCUAUGGUUGCCCAACAUAGCCUUAUAGAAGGAGUCUUGGCUGGUAAUAAGAAAGUGUUCUCAAUUCUAUUGUGCAUUGGAAAACGCUUCCCAAGCUUCCAGGAUUUUCUUCACCACUAUAUCUUCGGGUGGCACUCACCCGCUGGCGAGAGCAUUACAAGCUUGGUUCAUUGUCAUAUCAAAGAUGGAUGGAUGUUUCAUAUAAGGGAUGUUGAGAGUUAUUGGGAGUUCAAUGAUUCCAGGGGCCACCAGACGCUUGAGCAUAAUGGAUGUGAAGAGAACCUUGGAUGGAGUAUAGAGAAGCCAUUUGAUGAGAGCAUCUUGCUCUGGCAUGUGGCCACAGAUUUUUACUUCUAUCGUAGGGCCAAGGGCAGGUCUAUUGAUUCUAUAAAUGCUUCCGUGUUGCCUAGAGAGAUCUCCAACUACAUGAUGUAUCUGUUGUCUACUAAACCUGAGAUGUUGUUGCCUGGAAGUAGAGCCACUCUGUUCAAAACUGCCUACAACGAACUCAAUGAAAUCCUUCAAGGUGACGGUGGUGCAUCAACCUCCAACGAGAAACAACUUGUGGAAAAGAUAAUAAGUAAGGCAGAUAAUUUAGAUGAAGAGGGUUUUCUUCGUGACGCUUGGCUGCUUGCUCAAGCUCUGAUGCAAUUAGGUGAUGAUGACAAGAUGUGGAAAGUAAUCAGAGGUGUAUGGGUUGAGAUGCUCCGCUUUUCUGCAGGUAGAUGCAGGGGUUACCUGCACGCCAAGAGCCUCUGCGACGGCGGGGAGUACCUUUCCUUUGUCUCUCUCCUGAUGUCGCACGCGGGAUUGGAGAUCUUCCCGGACAAGCAGCAGAGGGUUAAGCUUCGACUUCCGAAAGAGCUGAGGGUGUGCAUCGCAAAGCAGAUGAUUGAAGAAGCUGCAGGUAACCAACCUGCUGCCAUGGUUCGUGUGUUUGGAGAAGAAAAUGCUGCUGCCACUCAGCCAUCAGCUUCCCAUGAGAUUGUUAUUGUUGACGUAUAAGUGAAUUGUUCCGUCUAUUCUCAUGAACUAGUAUCAAGGUCUCGAGUGGUUGUGUCUGUUGCCGCCAAAUUUGAACAGAUCUUUGCUUAGCCUUUUUUCGUCUUGUUGUACUAUUCAAUAAAGGCUUAUUAUGUGAUGUCUGUGUGGGCCGAUGGUGGCGUAUAUGUAUGUAAUGUAAAUGUUUUUGUAACCUUGUUUG